AUGGGCUGUCUUUUCGGAGGUAAGUCGCCAUGUGCUGGAGCCUGGCACAGCGUCCUUCUCUUUGCCUUUCCCGGCAUGCUGUAUACACUGACAGAGUUCCAAGUUCUGCAAGCCGCCUCUGCUACAGCUUACUUCUUGCUCGCGGCGUUGCAGCUUCCCUUGCAAGACCUCGCGCUCUCAGUGCUUGAUGAUUCGAUGGCGGCAUUUCGGUUUUCGAUGCUGCCAGCAAUAGGGCUGGUGGCAGCCGGGCUGGUGCUUUACGGCCACGGCUCCAGCGUCUCCGCCGGCCUCGAGAGGACCACUGUGUAG